UCGUUCCCGCUUAGCGAGGAGCAGAAGUUGCCGUUCUCUGCUGCGUGUCUUCGGGAGCGCUUCCACAGGCAACAUCCGUCGUGGCGGCCGCAAGACUCUUCAGCCCGGAAGCGAGCGAGCGUGAGGCGGCGAGAUGCCGCUGGGCCUGAAGCCGACAUGCAGCGUGUGUCGCACCACCUCCUCUUCCAUGUGGAAGAAGGGAGGCCAGGGCGAGAUCCUCUGCAACAACUGCACGGGCCGCCCGGGGCCGCCCGGGGCCGGGGGAAGCGCCUACGCCACCACCUCGGCUGCAGCGCAGCACAGCAACGGGGGCGGCGGGGGCGGCGGCGGAGGGAAGCAGAGUAAACAAGAAAUUCACAGGAGAUCUGCUCGAUUAAGGAACACAAAAUACAAGUCCGCUCCUGCAGCUGAAAAGAAAGUUUCCACUAAAGGAAAAGGGAGAAGGCAUAUUUUUAAGUUAAAAAAUCCCAUCAAAGCUCCAGAGUCUGUAGCCACUAUAAUUACGGCAGAAUCUAUAUUUUACAAGGGAGUUUACUAUCAGAUUGGCGAUGUUGUUUCAGUGAUUGAUGAGCAGGAUGGUAAAACAUACUAUGCUCAAAUUAGAGGGUUUAUUCAAGACCAAUACUGUGAAAAAAGUGCAGCUUUAACAUGGCUCAUUCCUACUACAGUUAGCCCCAAAGACUGUUUUGACCCUGCAACUUACAUAAUAGGACCAGAAGAAGAUCUCCCAAGGAAAAUCGAAUACUUAGAUUUUGUUUGCCAUGCACCAUCAGAGUAUUUCAAAUCUCGGUCAUCACCCUUUCCUACCAUUCCUACAAGGCCAGAAAAAGGUUAUAUCUGGACUCAUGUUGGACCUACUCCAGCAAUCUCAAUCAAAGAAACUGUGGCCAGUAGCUUAUAGUAUGUCUAGUUUGAGAUACUUCUUUUAUAUAUGUGUAUAACAUUUAUUUUAAAUUCUUGUGUAUUAAGUUAUUCAGCAAGUCCUAGCAGUCUUUAUUUUUUAAAAAAUUGGAUGCCUUUGUUGAGUAUUCACCUUCCCUAAAACUUGCUUUUCUCUUCUGUCAGAAGUAACUUACUCUUUGUUAUGAGGUCUACGCCUUGUAUUUGUCUAAUUUGUGUUGUGUAAAAAUAUACCAAACUUAAUUUAUGAAAUUUUACUGCUUUCCCCAGAUACCAUGUCUGUGUGCAGAAAAACAACCAAUUUAACACUUGAGAUGUUGGUAUGAGUGUGGGAGAAUGAGUGUAGGGGUCUAGCUGAAAAACGUCGUUCUACUCCAAAAAUGACAAUGCCUUUGAUGAUGGUCUUAGAGAUGGGUUGAAAACAGGGUAGUUGUGAGGCUAGUAAGUACCUGACUAGGAGAUCUAGGAAAAGCCUUUGUAUGCUACUAAGUUUAAUAAAGGAAGAAAAGUAGUAUAUAUAUUUAGAAUCAGUUUUUUUAAAGGCAGCAUGUCAGCUAAGCAGGCCUGUAAAUAACCACUUAGUCGGUAGUGACUAAGGUAUGCAAGAUAGGGAAGCCUUUGGAAACUUUUUUAUGCUGUUGGAUGCUCCAAAAUGUUUAAUGGUAGUGUAUGUGGCCAAAGAAGUUAGUAAAAUAUUUGAUGGCCACUAGGUUUUGUCAAAAAUUUAUAAUUUGUUAUACAAGUAUCUAUAAACUAUAAAAGUUCACUCAGCACUGUCACAAAAUGUUGACAUAUUUGUCACACUCACAGUAACCUCUUAUCCCACAUAUAUUUGCUAAAAAUUCCAUGAACAGAAAUUUAUACAUGAAAGCACAUAAGAUACUUCUGCCACUUCUUGAAUGCUUUAGGGAAUCUCAUAGCUGGGAAGUUUUAUGCAUAAAUGUUAAUUAAUAGGAACUUUUAAAAUGUUAAUGGAAAAUAGUUUUCAUUUUAUCUUUAUUUCAACUGAUAUUCUAUGUAGAAGAUAAUAAAAAUAACAUGGUCACUACAAAGUAGAGGGAAGAGUUUUUUAGGCUUAUUUUCCUUUAAACUAUUUGUGGGGGUUUUGGUUGUUUGUCAAAUAAGUAAUUAUGUAUGCUGAUCACUGUUUACUUAGAACUAAAUACUAGACUGCCAAAAAAAUCCUCCAAAACAGACUAAAACCCUAGAUGAUAAGAGGGUUCUAAAUGCUGUAUAUCCCCAAAUUUUUAAACAGAUUUGAAAAGCUACUUUUAUGUAAUCAAUAAAGAGCAAAAAACAUUCUUGUAAAAAGAACAGCUGAAAGGUUAUUAUAAAAUUGGGUUAAUUACAUAAUGUUCUAAUUUAAGAGUGCUUGCAUAUGGCAGAGCAAUAUACUGAAUUAUCUCAAGUUAUGAAAUUAAAAUAAAAACUACUGGACCUGAUUCUUUUUAUGGUAUUUUAAGAGGUUAAGGUACGUUUUGGCAAAACAACUGUAGUAAUUAACCAAAAUCAUCUUAAAGACGGAUGUAUUUCCAUGUUCAUGGGCUGGAGAGAGAACAGUUACUACAAUUAAACAUGUCCAAGUGAAACCUGUGGUACAAUUCUGUUACCCAGUUUCUAGGAUAGUUUGAGUGGGUUGAACUCUGACAACUCUGCUCAAUCCCACUUGAUUGCUGUCUUCACUGUAGCCUGUUUGUGGCUUUUCUGCACAUGGAUCACACAAUUCCCCAGCAUAGCCUUUUGUGGGUCAAAGGGCCCCGUUUUCUUUACCAGUAGAAAAGUUUGCAAGAUCCAGUCCUACACUUUUACUUGCUAGUUUAGCAAAGGGCUUGAACAAUAAAAUUAAUGAUUUUAUUGA